UAUGGAGCGAUAGUGGGACACCUCAUAUAGAGUCAACAUCCCAUCUACAUCACCGAUCACCGAUCUCCGACUGAGGUUGAAUUAAGUGGUUUCUGGAACAUCAUCGAGAACUGAAGAAACAACACAACAGUCUAGAUGAAGGUGGUGGUAAGAGAAUCGACGAUGGUGAGGCCAGCGGAGGAGACACCGGUGGUAAACUUAUGGAACUCUUGCCUCGAUCUCACUGCCGCCAACUAUCACACACGAUCGGUGUAUUUUUACCGGCCCAAUGGUGCUCCCAACUUCUUUGACACGAAAGUGAUAAAGGACGCUUUGAGUAUGGCGUUGGUUGCAUUUUACCCGAUGGCUGGGCGGUUUAUACAAGGCGAAGAUGGCCGGAUUGAGAUCAAUUGUCGAGGACAAGGGGUGUUGUUUUUGGAAGCUGAGUCCGAUGGUGUUAUCAAUGAUUUUGGCGACUUUGUAACCACGUUGGAGUCGUUGAAGCUUAGUCCGGUGGUCGAUUACUCGCUAGGAAUUGAAUCGUUUCCUCUACUGCUCUUGCAGGUAACUUAUUUCAAAUGUGGUGGGGUUUCGUUAGGAUUUGCUUUUGAUCACCGGGUUUCAGAUGGGAAGACAUUCUUUCAUUUCAUGAACACAUGGUCCGAUAUGGCCCGUGGGCUUGACAUCACUCUCCCACCCUUCAUAGACCGGACCCUCCUUCGUGCCCGCGACCCACCACGACCAGUUUUUAAGCACAUCGAAUACCAGCCUGAUCCAACGCCGCUCCAAGCCCCCUUAGACGAAACCAAAAUCAUCUUCUCAAAGUUCAAGUUAACACGAAACCAACUGGAUAUGCUCAAAGCAAGUUCAAAGGAAGAUGGGAACAUGAUCAACUUCAGCUCUUUUGAAAUCAUCUCGAGCCAUGUUUGGAAGUGCGUCUGUAAAGCCCGCGGGAUUCCAGACGAUGUGGAAAUCAAGCUCAACUUCCCCGUCGAUUGUCGGGCCCGCUUACAACCACCACUUCCACCAGGCUAUUUUGGUAAUGCUGUCUUUAUAACAAGUGCAAUAGCAACAGCUGGCGAAAUUCAAUCCAAACCGUUAUGGUACGCUGCAAGUAAAGUCCAUGAUGCUGUAGCGAGGAUGAAUAACGAUUAUUUAAAGUCUGCACUUGAUUAUCUGGAACAACACAACUGUAAAAAGCCCGCGGUUAAUUAUAACUACACAAAUCUACUAAUAGUAAGUUGGACUAGGCUCCCAAUUCACGAAGCCGACUUUGGAUGGGGUCGGCCCAUAUUCAUGGGGCGUAUAGGGAUCCCAUCAGCGGGUAGGUGUUAUGUGUUACCAAGCCCAAUAAACGAUGGUAGCUUAUCGAUUAUCAUUGGGCUGGAAGCUGAACAAAUGAAGCUUUUUAGCAGAUUGUUGUAUGCAACAAUAAAUGAUCGCCUUAUCAGUAGUUUAUAGUUUUCUGCAGAUUGUUGUAUGUAUGUACGUAUGUCUGAUGUA